UCGGCAGCCGUUAUCAUCGUCCGAUACCAUGCUCUCGAUAAAAUUGAAGGCUUUACCUACUAUAUCUUACUUUUGUGCCGGAUCGCAACAGUGACGAUAGUGCGGUCAAAAUGAAUUCUGCCCUCUGGCUGUUAUGUAUAGCGGCUGCGCUCGCCAGCUGCUCCGGGGUCUCAAUCCCCUUGAGACAAGACCCGGAGACUCUCUGCAGGAACCAGGAAGAUUUCCUAAGGAUCGCCAGUGUUGAGAGCUGCUUCUUGUACUAUCAGUGCUAUUCGGGACGUUCGUAUCUGAUGCAAUGUCCUCCGCACACGUGGUUCAAUGAACAGGAGCAGGUAUGCGACUGGACCGCCGCUCCAUCCCACUGCGUUCACCCAGAACCUGAACCAGAGCCUGAGCCUGAACCCGAGCCAGAACCUGAACCCGAGCCUGAACCCGAACCCGAGUCUGAAUCUGAGGAACAAGAAGUGGAGCCCGAGCCAUUGGAAGACAGCGAAGGCUCCGGCGAGGAAUGGCAAGAUGACGCCAUCAAACGCUACGUAAAACGCUUCAGAGGAAUCAAACAAGAAGACAUCCAAGAAGAUGAAGAACAAGAAGAGGUGAAAAAGAUAAGACAAGAAGAGGACGAUGAAUUCGACGGAGAAUAUUUGGAAGAUAACCGCAAAGCACAGGAAGAGAUCGUCGAUGAGCAAGAAGAUGAUUUACUCGAAAAAGCUAAGAGGCUGAUGAGGCAAGAAGCUGACGACGAAGAUGCUGACGAUGAGGAAGAAUCAAAGAAGCGUCAAGAAGAAGUUGAGGAAGAUUCAGAUGACGAAGAAGCCAAGAAAAAGAAACGCCAAGAAGAGAAUGACGAUGAUGAAAAUGAUGACGAUGAGGAAGCCAAGAAACGUCAGGAAGAAGCUGAUGAUGAAGAAUUAGAGGAUGAAGAAGCAAAGAAGAAACGCCAAGAUGAAAAUGAGGAUGAUGAUGAUGAGGACGAGGGAGCCAGAAAACGUCAAGAGGAAGAUGAUGAUGAGGCUGACGAUGAAGAAGAAGCUAAGCAACGUCAGGAGGAGAACGAGGAUGAGAAUGAAUCAGAAGUCGAAGAAUCUAAACGCCAAGAGGAAGACGAAGACGUUGAGGAGCAAUCUGAUGAUGAGGUAAAACGUAAGAAGCGUCAAGCGGAAGAUGAUGAUGAGGAGGAUGAUGACGAAGAGUCUAAGAAGCGUCAAGAAGAAGAUGAUGAUGAGGAAGCAGAUGAUGAAGACUCUAAGAAGCGUCAAGAAGAAGAUGAUGAUGAGGAAGCAGAUGCCAAUGAUGAGGUAAAGCGUAAGAAACGUCAAGUGGAAGAUGAGGAUGACGAGGAUGAUGAUGAAGAGGCUAAGAAGCGUCAAGAAGAUGACGACGAUGAUUGGGAUGAUGAUGAAGAGGAACUCAAACGUAAGAAACGUCAGGCAGAAGAUGAGGAUGACGAUGAAGAUGAAGAUGAGUCUAACAAGCGCCAAGAAGAAGAUGAUGACGAAAAUGACGAUGAUGAUGAUGACGUAAAACGCAAGAAGCGUCAAGCUGACGAUGAAGAUGAUGAUGAAGACGACGACGAGGAACAACUCAAACGUAGGAAACGUCAGGUUGAAUCUGAUGAUGAAGCAGAAAGUGAGAUCGAGCCAAGGAAAAGACAGGAAGACGCCGAAGAUGACGAGGCAGCUGAUGACGCUGAGGAUGCUGACGAAGGAGACGAAUCCAAGAGAAGCCAGGAAGAGGAGGACGACGAACAAGCCAGUGACGAGAAUGACGAAAGCAAUGACGAAAGCAAUGACGAAAAUGACGAUGAACAAGAUGACGAUGAAUCAGAUAUUGAGGAGUUGAGGGCAAAGAAGUUCUUCAAAAGCUUAUUCAGAAUUUAAACUCAGAAAGACUUCGGUAGCAUUGACAAAUGCUAUCUUGAAGAGCCUUCAGAAGUCAUAGAAGUAAUUAGUUUUAAUUUAUUUAAGUUUAGAAAAACACUUUGUGCAAUUUUGUAAAUAUUUAUUGUUGUUAUUACAUUAAUUAGUUAUUGAC